AUGGGAGCCGAAGACAAACUAACACUUGCACGGAAAAUCGGCCGUACGGAACUGCUGGCAUCAUUAUGGGUCGGAUUUGGCCUUGCGACUGUGUUACUUGCUAGUCGCUUCGCGAUUAGGUUACGCCUUCAUCGACGACUAUUUUGGGACGACGUUCUCGCAGGACUCGCCUACAUAUCCCUUCUGGGCCAUAAUAUUUUGGCAACCAUAGCCGUUCCGACCGUUUAUCUACUACUCCAUCUUUACGAAAAUAACCAAGGACUCCUCAUGCCCGGCCUCUUGGAAAAGUUCGAUAUGAUGACAAAGCUAGUGUUCGCCAGCAAUUUCUGCUUCAGAUGUUGUAUUUACUUGGUCAAGGCCAGUCUUCUCGCCCUUCUCUGGAGGCUCUUUCGUAGUCUUCCUGCUUUCAGAAGAGUUUGGUGGGCGAUUACGAUAGUCACCAUAAUGGGUUUUUUGGCUUCGGUUAUACUGCCUCCAGUGGCUUGUCCAUCUGUGUCUGCUCUUGGCUGCCUAUCCGCAAAGACUUUGAAGCUAGAAGCCAUCAGCAUGUAUGUGACUACUAUAUGUGACGUCCUCACAGAUAUUCUAAUCAUGUCUGUGCCUGUUGCAUUUGUGCUCAAGUCUUCUCUCCCUAGGUCUCAAAAGCUUGGCCUUGUUGGGCUAUUUCUGCUUGGUCUUGCUGUUGUCGUAAUGGCAAUUCUUCGCAACCUUGAGACUGACGGGAAAUCUAAGCACCCACCACCAUCUUGGCUGUUAUUCUGGAGUGCUAUGGAGGCAACUGUUGCGGUGAUGGUAUCAUGUUUUGCAUCCUACAAAUCACUCUUUACCUCCCACUCGCGUUCUACGGCUUAUCAUUGCCAAUCUGGGUAUUCCGCAUCUGUUGCUGUUUCAAGCCGGAUGCCAGGCAAUAAAGUUUGGACAGAUAGUGAUUCCCAAAAGGAAAUUAUGCACCGAACAGAAUUCGAAGUUAGCUAUGAAAUGGCCUCUAUACCUGAGCAUCAAGUUAGGAGCCCUGGAUGGGAAGGAAACAGAGUGAUAUGA